AUGACGAAGACUAGGAUCGCCACCGAGGAACUCGAGCGGGCCGGACUCGUCAAAGGUCUGCUUCAGGAUGACGAGCCGGUCGUGCCAGAAGACAAAGUGCUCGAAGCGCCGCAUCUGGGCGCGCAGGCUGCCGCACCGGGCGAGGCUUGGGUCGAGGGCGUGUGUUCAGAGAUUUGGGCGAGGAGCCACUGGCGGGAUUUGUGGUUAUUCUGGGAGAAGAGGAGGGCGAGGGUGCGGAGGGUUGCUUGGAGGAGGGAGGAGGCGAGGAGGUGAAGAGGGGGUUUGUGAGGCUGCAUGUGAUUUGAAAUUGAUUGUGUCUUGGCUGAUUCUGGAAUUUCAAAGGGGAAAGGAAUGUUGUGGUAAGGACUCGGGAGUGGUAAGGGGGUGUGUGUUGUUGACCUUCCCUGAAUGAUCAAAGGAAUAUGGUGCAGUUGCCACGCCCAUGUCAAGCGAUGCCAUGCCGUGGUUUUCAAGCUUCUUCUGCCGGGCUUCCACUAUCCGAUACAAUCAACCAGUCUCACCGGCAGUGACGUUGGCAGUGUCUCUUUCGUCGCCAGAGAUAACAAGGACUGGCAGGGCGUCAAGCUCGCCCGCCCGAGGUCAGGGCAUUCACCAAGCUUAGUUAAGCGUUCGCUUCAGGGGCUCAGCCUAGAUCCGGCUUGGUUUCUUGCAUCACAGCCGCACGCUAAUGGCUGCCAAGACCCAGCCCGUCUUAACCCGCUGUUGAC